UCCCCAAUGGUAGGCCACAGUUCGUUCGUCCGUCCUCCAUCGCAGAGGCUCCCCCAAGCAGUGUGUUAAAGUGUGUUGAAGUGCACAAAAUGCAACCGGCAACUUGCGCCCUUGCUCUGCUCGCGUUGGUGGCUUCGGUCGCCCAGGCCGCUCCCCACGGCGGUAUGCGGGUGGUGAACGGUGAAACGGCCAAGCUGGGCCAGUUCCCCUACCAAGUUCGGCUCACGCUGCACGUCGGCAACGGCCAGCAGGCCCUGUGCGGUGGCUCGCUGCUGAACGAGGAGUGGGUCCUGACGGCGGGCCACUGCGUGAUGCUGGCGAAGUCGGUCGAGGUGCACCUCGGGGCGGUCGAUUUCAGCGACAACACGAACGACGGCCGGCUGGUGCUGGAGUCGACCGAGUUCUUCAAGCACGAAAAGUACAACCCACUGUUCGUGGCGAACGAUGUCGCGCUGGUGAAGCUGCCCAGCAAGGUGGAGUUCAGCGAGCGCGUCCAGCCCGUCCGGCUGCCGACGGGAGACGAGGACUUUGCCGGCCGGGAGGUGGUCGUCAGCGGCUGGGGCUUGAUGGUGAACGGUGGCCAGGUAGCGCAGGAGCUGCAGUACGCCUCGCUCAAGGUGAUCCCGAACAAGCAGUGCCAGAAAACGUUCAGCCCGCUGCUGGUGCGCAAGAGCACGCUGUGCGCGGUUGGCGAGGAGCUGCGCUCGCCCUGCAAUGGUGAUUCCGGUGGUCCGCUGGUGCUGGCGGAGGAUAAGACGCUGGUCGGUGUGGUGAGCUUCGGCCAUGCGCAGGGCUGCGACAAGGGCCAUCCGGCUGCGUUCGCACGCGUUACCGCCUUCCGGGAUUGGGUGAAGAAGCACACCGGCGUGUAAGCUUUGAACAGGACAGGAACUGAAAAUGUUCAAUUUUCCCUUAAAAGGAGAAGGAAGUAAAGAGAAGCGCAGGCAUUGAAAAUGAAA